AUGAAGUACAUAGUGAGAGCAAAGGGAGAUUUUCAGAAUGUAAAGCAUUUAUACAUCGAACAAAACUAUUCUAUAGUGAUUAGUUGCACCAACUGUGGAGAAAAACACAGCAAGCAUGUUUUAGUAUCAGAUGAUAACCUGGUAUCCAAGGAAUACACGGGAAAGGUUAAUCUUAUAGUGAAAUGUAAGAUGUGUGAUAGGGAGAUGUGUAUCAGGAUUUCUGAUCCAAAAGGAUCUAAAAAACACAUCCACUGUGGCGAUCCUGUGUUGCACACAGGAUAUGAAGAGAUUCAAAUGUCUUUAAAAGAUGGAGAUACCUUUAUUGUCUCAGAGUUGGAUGUAAGAGGAUGUUUUGUCAAGGAGGUGAGUAAUGUGACUUGUAACAUCAUUUCUGAGAGCAAUAAACUUUUCAAAGAUGUUAGGUUUGUGGAGAAUGGAUGGGUGGGAUCUGACCAGAGGGGAAAUGUGACUAGUAUUGAGGGGUUUAUGGUAGAGCCGUGCUUGAUCUCUUGA